AUGAGAAAAUCACUAGGUCAAUGCUUGCAUAAAACAUCAUUUUUAAGUUAAAGACAAACAAAUCCAGAUCUUACUUAAGAAAAGAAAUUAGGUGUUAGAUUUGCAACUUAAUAUUAAUUGACUAUUCCUGAUAUAGUGACAAAUGAUCCGAAUUAAUUAGAAUUGGUUAGAAUUAAAGAAAAAUACAAAUGGAAAUGUGAAGAGUUAGAUAGAACAAAGUAAGGUAUGGAAGAAGAACAUAAAUCAAUAGAAGAAAGAGCAAAUGUAUAUAUACUUUAUAUUAAGAAAUUAAGUAAAGGAGAGAAAGAAAUACGAAUUUUGGCAUCAUAAAUAAAGGAGAAACUAAAUAUUUUAGGAGAAUAAGAAUAGAAUUUCAGAGAGAAAGUUUAGUUAUAGGAAGAGAAAAUGAAAGAAAGGGAAUAAUAAUUAUAGAUUAGUAUGAAAUAAUUAGAGGAAUAAUAAAAUAUAAUAGAAGUUGAAAAAAAUAAAUUGAAAAUUAGAGAAAAAUGUUUAUAAGAGAAAGAAUUUAUUAUUGAUUAAAAAUUAAGAGAAGCUGAAUAAUAUGUUGAUAAACUUAAAUAUUAAUUAUAAAAUGUUAAUUAGAAGGAAAGUAAAUUUAUAUAUAUUAUUAUUUAAGAUUAUUAUCAUUAAUAAAUUGAUAAAUUGAAUUCAGGUUUAUAGACUAUUAUUUAACAUGAAUUAUCAAUUAAAAAUAUAGAAUUCAAUUUGAGCAAAUAAGUUUAAUAAUUAAGAGAAGUUGAAUAAAGUUUAAUAGAAUAAUUACAUAAUUGUAAAUAAUAAGAAGAAAUAUUUGAUUAAAGAGAUUUAAAUAUUUAAGUUAGUGAAUAAUUAAUUAAUAAAAAAUUAGAAUGGGAUAACAAAUAAAUACAAUCAGCCAAAAUAUCUAAGAUAAAUACUGAAAAUUCAAGAAUGGAAAUAUCAAACUUUGUUCAUUCUGCUUUUUCACAAAAAUACUGA